AUGCCUCGAGACGCAGAACCAUCGCUGUCUGAGCGCACAUUCGUCACAAAGGCUCUAGCUGAGGGCUUGCGGGUUGACAACCGCAAAUUCGACCAGUGCCGACCAGUAUCACUCACGUUUGGCGAUGAGUUUGGAGUAGCAGAUGUAUCUUUUGGAAAGACUAGGGUCUUAGCGAGAACGUCUGCCGAAGUCACAGUCCCCUAUGCCGAUCGCCCCUUUGACGGCGUGUUCACCAUCACAUCUGAGCUCUCACCCAUGGUGGCCCCGUCCAUCGAGCCAAAUCGCCCUACAGAAACAGAAGUCCUUCUGUCCCGUCUUCUCGAAAAGACAGUCCGCCGUUCUGGUGCCCUGGACACAGAGUCUCUAUGCUUGAUAGCUGGGCAAAAGUGCUGGAGUGUUCGAGUUGAUCUGCAUGUACUGAAUCACGAUGGAAACAUCUUGGACGCAGCAUGUCUGGCUGUCAUUGCCAGCUUACGGCAUUUCAAACGACCAGAGACAACAUUAGAUGGCGAGGUGCUGACGGUGUACACACCUGCAGAACGCGAGCCUGUGCCACUGUCGUGGCUGCACUCGCCCUUCUGUGUUACCUUUAGCUUCUACGGCGAGGAAGGCGACAUUGUGUUGAUGGAUCCGACAUGGCUCGAGGAGCAGCUGCGCGUCAGCUCAUGCACAUUCAGUCUGAAUCGUCAUGGUGAGAUUUGUCAAGUGUCGAAACUCGGUGGUUCAGCCGUCGAUGCGCCUCUCUUCAUUCAGUGCGCGCAAACAGCGCUGAGCAAGAGCAAGGAAUAUACGGAAUUGCUGGAGCGCAAGCUUGCGGAGGACGCAAAAUCCAGAGACAAGGGAGGGUUAAUGGCCGAGUUAACGGCGGAGAACGAUAGAUGA